CCUCUUUGAUUUUAUCUUCAGGUGGACUCUAUUGGCGAUUGGUCCAACUCACCUUCCCAACGAAGACUUCUUUGGGCGACUUGCCAACCAACUAUCGGUGAAACACCCCCACUUUAUCAUUAUACUUUCUCAAAUUUAUUGAUUUCUCUCGUUCCUUUAUGAGGCCUUGAUUGUGGAGAAGGAAAAAAAAGAAAGAGAUGAUGGGUUCCGAUUCAUUGGCUCAAACAAAGCCGAUUCCAAUACCGACCCAAGAAGAAGAUCCCUCAAGUCAAUCUACGGCUCUACUUGCUUUCGACACUGAUUCUUCUUUAGACUCGGAGGUAAAAUCAUCCCCUUCAAACCGCCGCACUUCCAUCAUCUUCAUCGUUUUGAUACUCCUCACUUGCAUUGCUCUUUCGGCGGCCCUCGCUUUUGCUUUCCUCUUUUAUUCUUCUUCUUCUUCUUCUUCUACAGAGAACAAAUUCUCUCGUCCUUUGAAGAAACUGGAAAAACCGGUGGUUCUUUUGGUUUCAUCCGAUGGGUUUCGAUUUGGGUACCAAUUCAAGACCCCAACACCAAACAUCCACCGUUUGAUUCAAAACGGGACUGAAGCUGAGAUGGGUUUGAUUCCUGUUUUCCCUUCUCUUACUUUUCCUAAUCAUUACUCCAUUGUUACUGGUCUUUAUCCUGCACAUCAUGGUAUUAUAAAUAACCAUUUUUUGGAUCCCAAAACUGGUGAGUUUUUCCAUAUGGCUAGUCAUGAACCCAAGUGGUGGUUAGGUGAGCCACUUUGGGAGACUGUGGUCAAUCACGGAUUAAAGGCUGCUACCUAUUUUUGGCCUGGAAGCGAGGUGAAAAAGGGCUUUUGGGAUUGUCCUGAAGAGUUGUGUAUGAAAUAUAAUGCUUCUGUUGCUUUUGAGGAUAGAGUGGAUACUGUUUUAAGUUAUUUUGACUUGCCUAGUAGUGAGAUCCCUGUGUUCAUGACAUUGUAUUUUGAGGAUCCUGAUCAUCAAGGUCACCAUGUUGGACCUGAUGAUCCCGAGAUCACUGAGGCUGUUGCUAGAAUCGAUAGAAUGAUUGGGAGGUUGAUUGAUGGUUUGGAGAAAAGAGGGAUUUUUGAGGAUGUUACUAUAAUUAUGGUUGGAGACCAUGGAAUGGUUGGUACAUGUGAUAAAAAGCUGAUUUUCCUUGAUGAUUUGGCACCUUGGAUCGAAAUUCCGGCUGAAUGGGUUUGGUCUUAUAGUCCGUUGCUCGCUAUUCAUCCACCUCCGGGUCAAGCAGCAUCGGAUGUUGUAGCAAAGAUGAAUGAAGGACUGGAAUCUGGGAAGAUUGAGAAUGGCAAGUAUUUGAAGGUUUACCUUAAGGAAGAGCUACCUAGUCGGCUACAUUAUGCCGCAAGUGACCGAAUUCCUCCCAUAAUCGGGCUGAUCGAGGAGAGCUUUAAGGUGGAACAGAAAAGGAGUAAGCGAAAAGAGUGUGGAGGAUCACAUGGAUAUGACAACGCAAUUUUCUCCAUGAGGAGCAUUUUUAUUGGUCAUGGUCCUCAAUUUGGCAGGGGGAAGAAAGUGCCGUCUUUUGAGAAUGUUGAGAUAUAUAACUUGGUAACUUCAAUUCUCAGUAUACAUGGUGCUCCCAACAAUGGGUCUUCAGCAUUUCCUGUAUCUAUUCUUUUACCUAGACAGUAAAAAUUAUGUCCUAUACAUGUUUUGAGUGAUCUUAGCUGCUGAAGUAUAUGCAGUACAAUUUAGCAAGAUGAUAACUGCAAAAGCCAGAUGAUUAUCCGUUUAUCGGCGAGUUCAUACAUAACGAGACGGUGCAGAAGAAGGAUGUUUAGUGAAAUAGGAUCCAUUCAGAUGUUUGUACUUUACAUCUCUUGUUCCUUGACUCCAAUUUUUUCUUGUAUCUGAGCUGUACCAUGUCAUCUGAAACUCAUCUUACCAUUUUGGUUCUAUUAUGAUGUUUUAAAAUUAUAGAAAAAUACAGUACAUUGGCCAAGAGCAAA